AUGCCUAAUUUCACAACUGGGUUUUUACUCACAGGUUUUUCAGACAACCCUGAGCUAGAAAUCUUCUAUGCUUCUCUGUUCUUAGUCCUGUAUUUGUUGGCAUUGACUGGAAACAUCCUCAUUAUUACCGUAACUUCCAUGGAUGACAGUCUCAACACCCCCAUGUACUUCUUCCUGAAGCAUCUCUCCUUUAUGGAUCUCUGCUAUAUUUCCGGAACAGUGCCAAGAUUUAUUAUCAACUCUAUUUUGCAAAGAGGAGGAAACAUUUCCUUCUGGGAAUGCAUUUUUCAGUGCCUUGUUUUCACUCUUUGUGCUGCUGCUGAAAUAGGCAUCCUCACGGUGAUGUCCUAUGACCGCUAUGUGGCCAUUUGCCUUCCACUGCACUAUGACAUCAUCAUGAAUGUCAGAAUCUGCCUCCAUGGAGUCAUUGGAGCUUGGAUCAGUGGAGUCAUUGGUGGAGUCACGCACACAGCAGGUACUUUCUCCAUCCGCUUCUGUGGCCCCCGGGUCAUCCAACAAUUCUUUUGUGAUGUCCCCCAGAUCCUGAAACUCUCCUGCGCAAAUGACUAUCUUGCUGAGGUUGGUGUGUCUGUCUUCCUCUCUUUGGCUGCAUUUCUCUGUGUCAUCUUUAUUGGAUUCUCGUACAUACACAUAUUUUCUUCUGUGUUGAGGAUGCCAUCUGCUGAGAGCAGAGCCAAGGCCUUUUCCACUUGCCUUCCCCACCUCUUUGUCGUCUUAUUAUUUAUUUCUACUGGUAUAUUUGAGUAUUUAAAGCCUCAUUCUAACUCUCCAACUGUAUCAGACAUUUUGCUCACUAUUAUGUAUACAGUCGUUCCCCCAACAUUCAAUCCAAUGAUCUAUAGCCUGAGAAAUAAAGCCAUAAAGUUAGCUAUCAGAAAGGUUUUUAAGAGAAUGAAAACAUGUCUGUGUUGGUGA